UAAGCACCAGUACACCAAGACAAAUUCCUUGUACAUGUAAACCUACGGUACUUGGCAAUAAAGGUGAUUCUGAUUAUGAUUCUGAAGAGGAAGGCUGUAUUGGUUUGAAGACAGCCAAGGGAGUUCAUUCUACCACCUGGGUGUGAGCAGAGAGAAGAUUAAUACAUGUCUUACUUGUACCUUGAAGAAUGGUGGGUCCAGUCAAGGUGUGCCAGAGGCUCGAAGGGAACAUGGUGCAGUUCGGGGUUUGAUCAUUUCCUUCAGGUAGGUGGGCACUGGUCCGUUUUUAGCUUUGUAGACAAGCAUCAUUGUUUUAAAUCUGAAGCAAGCAGCUACAAGAAGCCAUUAGAGAGAAUGCAGCAAUGUAGAAGAAUUUGGGUGGAUUAAAAACAAAUUAUUCAGCUGCAUUCUGGGUCAGUUUCAAGGGUAAGAUGGCACGCAGGGGCAGACUAGCCAAGUGCGUAUUUAUUAUUCAUAUAAAACAAUAGGCUACCUGUUAAAGUUGAGCACUUCACACUACCAGGGUUACAGCUGAAUUAACAGAACGGUAUGGCGACAUAGUUUUAGUAGUGGCUAUGAUGAACAUUCAUGAAUAUGACUUCAUAUUCUUUCAAAAAUCAUGAGGUUUUUGCCAGCCAGCUAAAGUAUCCAGCCUCACACGGAGGACAGGAACUCUGCACACAUCACCAGGAACUGUAUAUGUGCAGACAGUGUAAAAUUGUGACACAGAAGUUACUCAACUGCCUCAGCAACAUGUUUGCAGCUGUGCUGUUUAUAACAGGCAUAUACACAGCAGUGGGAUUCAACAUAUUCACAAAACCAGUGAGCAAGUUUACAAAUGAUGACCCACUGUUCCGUCAAACCAUUAUUCAAUCAAGGGACAGAGUUUUUGUCCCUUCUCCUACUUCUGGAGACGUUUCCAGAUGCGCAGAGAAAAUCUGUUCUAGAAUAAAUGUUACUGGUCCCAUUGCAUCUGCAGCAUCCUGGAGGGAAGAUACGGAGCAGUUCCUGGUUUGUAACCAAGUUUGGACAAUGAAUUCAUCAACUGAAUAUUUCAACAAAAACUGUACAUACAUGUCUGGUCAUCAGAAAAAGAGUAAAAUCUAUCCCGAAAAGUUGGUUUUACAGCUACUGGAACAAAAUGCAAACAACAACAAUAACAAUAAAUAUAAAGGCAGUCAAACAUCUCUUCAUCAAGACCACUGGAGGAAGAAAAGAGCUCUACAGGAUGAUGCUGACACUGAUGAAGAUGAAAAUGAAGAUGAAGGUACAGAGAUCAGUUUUGUGCUGGACGGCUCUGGUAGCAUUGAGGGGGAAGAUUUUGAAAGGGCAAAAGACUUUAUUUACAACAUGAUGAAAAACUUUUGGACAAAAAGUUUCAAUUGCAAGUUUGCAGUAGUGCAGUAUGGGAGAGACAUAAGGACAGAACUCUCUCUGAAAGAAAAUAAUGACCGUCUCAGAGCCUUGGAUAAGGUGAAGAACAUAAAACAGAUUCAAGGGUUCACCAACACUGCUUCAUCCCUCUACUAUGUUCUCACAGAUGUUUUUGUUCCUCAACAUGGAUCAAAAAAGAAUGCCAAAAAAAUGAUUAUUUUGCUGUCUGAUGGACAAAUGUUAGGAGAUGAAAGAAACUUCGCAGAGAUAUUGAACAUGCCACAGAUGGAGGGGAUUGUUCGCUAUGCUAUAGGGGUGGGGCUGGAGGUUCUGGAUAAACCACAGGUAAUACAAGAGAUGACAGAGAUAGCUGGUAAUGAACACCGAUUUUUCAGUAUUUCUAAUUACGCCAGCUUGAAAAACAUUCUCUCGUCUUUGGAAAAAAGCAUAAUUGGAAUUGAAGGUAAAGCACAAUAUUUGUAAAUAAAUACAGAUCAGUUGUAUGCUUUAUGCUGCAGUAUAAUGUCACUUGCAUUUGUUAAUACUUGAUCAGUAAAUUAUGUUAUUCAGAUACUGUUUGUUAGGAAGUAUUUCUGGUCACAGGCUAAAGAUAUGAAACAAGCAGUGAUUUUAUUUAUUUUUUUUUUUUCAACAAUAUGGUUGUAUAUUUUACAGUUAGGUCAGUGCACCCAAAGUCAAAUGACAUUAUGUUACCUUAGUAUUAUACGGUUCUAUGUGGGUGAAGUGAUGUUUUGAGCAUCAAAGUUUUGACAUUCUAGUCACCAAAACUCUAAAAUCCUGAAAUGUAUAUUUGCAGAUUAACAAAACUUACACAUUAAGCUUACUUCAGUUUACAUUUUGGAAAUUCUGUCACGAACCCCUCAGAGCAUGGUGCUUUUGUCUGUGCCAUUGCUUGUUUUCACUGCCUGGUCCUGUCUCCACCCCUUGCGUUGUCAUAUGCAUGUCAUCCUGUGAUAGUAUCCAUCUGUUUUCAGUUUUCUGCAGUUUUCAGUCUGUUUAAGUCCUCGUUUUCUGCUGUUUUAUUAAGAAGUUUUAUGUAUGAGGGUUACUUAGCCUCUGUUUUCUAGUUUCCAUGGUUUUAUGGUUUCCCAUUUCUAUAGUUACUUCCUGGUUUUGACCCUUGUCUGUUUCUCAUGUUAUUGAUGGUUAUCCUUUUUUGAUACUUCCCGCCUGUAUUCGAUCAAUGACUGUAUAUAUGGGUGGAUGUCACAAUAGGUAUUCAAUAGUGAAGCCAAAAUGUCACUGAGACCCUCUAGUGGCUGGCUGCAGUACAAUUAAUCCUGUCCAUUGCCAUGUUAAGUCUGGGCUAGUGAAAAAAAAAAAAACUUACAUUUUUAAGUUCCAUCUCCACAAUUUUUGGAGAUGUUUUUAAAAUAUCAGUUUACCUUGCAGUCUGCCCCAAUGUUUUUGAAGACUAACCAGUGUAAACCUCGACUGAUCAGUUUCAAGUCACAUAAUUUAAGAUGAGUUACUUAACUUUUAUAUAGGCUACAGAUUAUACUGUCAAGUUCAAAUAGCUUAUGUAGCUAUUU